AUGGCCUCGGUGCCCGUCUACUGCCUCUGCCGCCUGCCCUACGACGUGACCCGCUUCAUGAUCGAGUGCGACAUCUGCCAGGACUGGUUCCACGGCAGCUGCGUCGGGGUGGAAGAGGACGCGGCUGCUGACAUCGACCUGUAUCACUGCCCCAACUGCCAGCUGGCGCACGGUCCCUCCGUCAUGAAGCGGCGCCGGGGGCCCCAGAAGCAGCAGGACGCGGGGCUGAGCCGAGAGGCGGGUGCCAUGGUGCGGACGGGCAGCGCCCAGUUCAUAAAGGAGCUUCGGGGCCGGACGUUCCCCAGCGCGGACGAGGUGAUCCUGAAGCCCAGCGGGGCGCAGCUGACGGUCGAGUUCUUGGAGGAGAACAGCUUCAGCGUCCCCAUCCUGGUGCUGAAGAAGGACGGGCUGGGCAUGACGCUGCCCCCCCCGUCCUUCACCGUGCGGGACAUCGAGCACUACGUGGGCCCUGACAAAGAGAUCGAUGUCAUCGACGUGAGCCGCCAGGCUGAUCUCCGUAUGCGCCUGGGCGACUUCGUCAGCUACUUCGGCGCCGCCCGGCGGGACAAGGUGCUGAACGUCAUCAGCCUGGAGUUCUCCGAGAGCCGACUGUCGAACCUGGUGGAGACCCCGAAGAUUGUGCGGAAGCUGUCGUGGGUGGAGAACCUCUGGCCGGGCGAGUCGGUGUUCGAGCGGCCGAGCGUGCAGAAGUACUGCCUGAUGGGCACGCAGGGCAGCUACACCGACUUCCACAUCGACUUCGGGGGCACCUCCGUCUGGUACCACGUGCUGUGGGGCGAGAAGAUUUUCUACCUGGUGCGGCCCAGCCCGACCAACCUGGCCCGGUUCGAGGCCUGGAGCAGCUCGUCCAACCAGAGCGAGACGUUCUUCGGGGAUCAGGCCGAGCACUGCUACCGGUGCCCCCUGCGCCAGGGCCAGACGCUCUUCAUCCCCACGGGCUGGAUCCACGCCGUGCUGACCCCCAUCGACUGCCUGGCUUUCGGGGGCAACUUCCUGCACAGCCUCAACAUCGAGAUGCAGCUCAAGGCCUACGAGAUUGAGAAGCGUCUGAGCACGGCUGAUCUCUUCAGAUUUCCCAACUUUGAAACUAUCUGCUGGUACGUCGGCAAACACCUCCUGGACAUCUUCCGAGGCCUGCGGGAGAACCGCCGACACCCGGCCGCCUACCUGGUCCACGGAGCGAAAGCUCUGAACACGGCGUUCCGCGCCUGGACCCGCAGAGAGGUGCUGGAGGAACACGAGGACGAAAUCCCUGGCACCGUGCGUCCUGCGCAGCUCAUCAAAGACCUGGCCAAGGAAAUCCGCCUGGUCGAGGAUAUCUUUCAGCAGAACAUCGGGAAGACGGGCAGCCCCUUCGGGGUGCAGCGGGCCCCCCCGCCAGGCGCCAGGAGGGGGGACCAGAGCCCCCAGGAGCCGGGCCGGAGGGGAGGCCGGAAGGGGCGCGAGGGCCCAGCUGCUGGCGCCCCCACGAGGCUGGACUUGGAGCUGCUGGACACGUGCACGGAGCCGCCGACGCUGGAGAGCAGCGAGAGCCCCCAGGCAGAGGAGUUUGACAUUCCCAGCUCCAGCCUGGAGGAGACGGACGGGGAUUCAGAGCUGGCCGAAGGGGAGCUCACCUUGGUGCUGGCCGACGGCCGGCCUGUGCGGCCAAAGCGGGCCAGGGGCUCAGGGCGCCGGCGGCCCCACCCGUCCCGCUCCCCGUCGCCCCCCAGCUCCCCGGGCGCCCAGGGGCUGGACCUCGACUCGGAGGAGGAUUUGCAGAUCGACGAGGCGCCUCCCCGCAAGGACCGGCGGGGCCCAGCGCCCCCCAGGAGACUGGCCAAAUUCCCCAGGAAGCUGCCAAGGGCCAAACCCUGCUCUGACCCCAACCGCGUGCGGGAGCCUGGGGAGGUCGAGUUCGACAUCGAGGAGGACUACACCACGGAGGACGAGGGCGGCUCGGGGGACGAGGCGCUGGGGCCGGGGGGCAGCGCGGCCGGGAUCCUCGACCUGCUCAGCAGUCGCCAGGUGGGGGGGCCCCACUACGAGGAGCUCAGUGAGGCGCCGGCCUCGCCCAGCACGCAGGAGGCGAUCCAGGGCAUGCUCUGCAUGGCCAACCUGCAGGCCGCCGGCUCCUCGCCCGGCCGCCCGGCCUGGUGGGUCCCGGGCCACGAGCGCGGCUGGGCGGGCGGGUCGGGCACAAGCGCCCCCGCAGGAGACCCCCCGACGCGGGCGCCCGCCCACAGCACGGACAGCGAGGGCGAGACGGGCAGCCUGGACGAGCAGGAGAGCCUGGGCGCCUGCUUCAAGGACGCUGAGUUCAUUUACCCCUCUCUUGAGUCUGACGAGGACGACCCAGCCUUGAAAUCGCUACCAAAGAAGAAGAAAUGUACGGAUGACGCCCCCUGGAGCCCGAAAGCCCGGGUGACCCCGACGCUGCCCCGCCAGGACCGGCCCGUGCGCGAGGGGACCCGAGUGGCGUCAGUCGAGACGGGGCUGGCGGCUGCCGCAGCCAAGCUGGCGCAGCAGGAACACCAGCGGCUGCAGCGGCGGAAGAGCCAGGCCAAGCGAAGGGCUCCGUCCCCGAAGGAGCCGGACCCGGAGCCCGACCCGGAGCCGGAAGCAGAGCCAGAACCGGAGCCGGAGCCGGAGCUGGAGCCGGAGGUGCCUGCUGUGCCAGACAGCGCCCCUGGGGCAGCCCCCGCGCCCCCCACCCCCGAGCCAAAGGCGGAGCCCUAUGCCGGCAGCCUGGCCGACCACGAGUACACGGCCCGGCCCAGCGUCUUCGGCAUGGCCCAGCUCAGCCGUGGCACCACCCCCAUGGCCCCCGGCGUCUUCCUGUCCCAGCGCCGCCCCUCCGCCGGCGCCCCCGGCACCCCGCCCGCUCAGGGAAAGCGCCCCAAGAAGGGCCUGGCCACGGCUAAGCAGCGGCUCGGCCGCAUCCUCAAGAUCCAUCGCAACGGGAAGCUGCUUCUCUGA